CGGCCCGUCUAUAAACUCCGAGUGGGAGCACCUUGGAGAGAGCCAGAGGCGAAGGAGGUCGAGAAAUAGUGUGCGCUGUGCGAGUCACUCACCACGAUGGGCUAUCGACUUCGCUUCGUCGAGCCGCUGGUCAUCAUCUACCUGUUCGGCCAGACCCUGUCGGGCCCUCCGAGCAGCGUGUACAUCUACAACCGCAUCCUGCACGAGAUCGGGAACGGCUCGCGCAGCACCGCCGCCGGUAACGGCAGCGGUGCCGCCAACGGCUCGCAGGAAAACUGCGCGGGGCUCAACGCCUCCGUCAGCUCCAAGGCGGAGGAGCAAGCGCAGGAGCAGACGUCCCAGUUCUACCUCUACCUCUCCCUGUCGGGCUUCGUGCCCAUCAUGGUGGCUGGGCUGGCGCUGGGCGCGCUCAGCGACAACCACGGCCGCCGCUUGGCGCUGAUGCUGCCCCUCUUCGGCGACAUCCUCUCCACCGUAAUCUUCAUCCUGCUCGUGUACUUCGAGCUGCCCCUGUGGGUCCUCUACGUCUCCAACGUCCUCACCGGUUUCCUGGGGGGCACCACCACGCUGCUGGGCAUCAGCUUCGCCUACGUGGCCGACACGACCACCAAGAUGAACCGCAACUGGCGCGUGGCUCUGCUGGAGAUGGCGCUGGGAGCCGUGGGAAUCGGCGCCUCCUUCGCCUCGGGACACUUCAUGAGGGUGGCCGAGGGCAUCAAGGGCCUCCUGGCGCCGUUCUACUUCGAGGUGGGCGUCGACGUGGUGUGCCUCUUCUACGCCGCCUUCUUUCUGCACGAGACCGUUGGCGCUGGCGGGGGACCGCCGCUGCUCGCCGAUCCCCAGCACGCUCCCGGCGACCGCCAUCAGCAGGGGCAGCAGCAGGGGCAGCAGCAGGGGCAGCAGCAGCAGCAGGGGCGCCCCAAGACCGUGGGCGACUACGCCCGCGAGACCGUGCAGGGCUUCGUGCUGCUCGUCCGCGCCGGCGGCGACCCGGCGAGGCGGCGGCGCCUGCUGCUGCUGCUCGGCACCUUCGCCACGGUGGCGCUGGCGUUCUUCGGCGGCUCCGGCCUCCUGACCCUCUACCAGCAGGGCCCGCCGCUCUGCUGGGGCGCCGUCAUGGUGGGCUACGGCCAGGCGCUCUUCUGCUGCGUCUACGUCACCUCGUUCCUCGGCGUGACGCUGGCGUCGCGCUUCCGCGUGCCCGACGGAGCCAUCGCCCUCGUGGGGAUGGCGUCGUUCGCCGGAGGCAUGGUCACCACGGCGUUCGCCAGAACCUCGCUCGCCAUGUUCCUUGCGAACAUCCCUCUCAUGUUCACCGUCAUGCCGGCGCCCGUCAUCCGCUCCAUGCUGUCCAAGGCCGUGCAGCCCAGCGAGCAAGGGGCGGUGUUCGCGGCCGUGGCGUGCGUGGAGAUGGUGAGCGCUCUUGUCUCCACCCUCAUCUUCAACAGCGUCUACACAGCCACCGUCGCCUGGUUCCCCGGUUUCAGCUUCCUGCUCGCAGCAGCCUUCAUGCUCAUUCCUAUGGCGCUGGUCGGGGUGGUGCGCUGCACGAGGGACCCCGAGCCCCACUACACGCGAGUCCCCACCGACAACGGAGACGCGAGCCACACCUACGGCAGCAUCCAGUAGCCCCGCCUCCUCAUUCCUGGCUCCGCCCACGAGCUCCAUGGCUCCGCCCCCCUACCAGAUAUUUGGCUCCUCCCCUCCAGAGCCGUCCUCAUCCCGGGAUGUAACCCAGGGUGCUCCCUGACCCCGAGUCGUUAACACUGAACGGGAAUGAACUUAAACGGGCAUCAGUCUGGCUCCGUGAGCCUCGGUCAUUCACACUGAACCCCAUGGAGCUGUAGUCUGGUUCUUUGAGCCUCAUUUGUUACACCCCAAGGGCCGUCGGACUGUGGCUGGGAGAUGUUGACUCCCUCGCCUGGUAUGCAGGAGGGCGUGGGUUCGAUCCCCACCCUGACACCUGCUGCUGCUGUAUAUUUGAAGUCUGCGCGUCUCUCUCUCUCUCUCCGUGGUCGCGUGGAAUUGUCCCCGUUGUUUUCCCCGUCCACAUUGAGAACCCACGUCACGCCUUUUAGAGUUUUUGGUUGCCGCUAUAAAAGUGCCACGUGAUGAUGACGAACAUGAUCAGCCGUCGUUUGUGAUGACCAGGCCGCUUCUGAAAGACAGCUACUCCGCAGCUCAGUGGGGCCUUUACCCGGUAAAAUAAGAAUAAAAACUUCGUUCAUGGUUUAGGUUCAUCCAGCAGUGGACAGACCGUGGCUGGGGGUAGCGGUCAUCGCGCCCUGGUAAAGUAAACCAUGGUGACCCCGUGACCCCGGCACUGUCUGACCCCUGACUCCGCGACCCGACUCAAACAUUCUCCCAAGUUUUUAUUUUAUUCGGAUAGGUCGGCUGUAAACAUCGCCACUGGGGAGACAAAGGCGG